AUGGCCUCCAACGAUAGAGACGGCACAGAGCCAUGGAAGAUCGCCUCGGUAGUCUCUUUCUACAUGGGCGCUGCGCUUGUGGCAGUAUUGAACUCUUCGCCAGAGUUACCCAUGCUCUUCUUGUUCAUCCAACUGGCCUUGGCAGUGGUCCUGUUGCAUAGCGCUGCGUUUCUCUCUCCCAAGGUCGAGAUCCCGAAACUCGACGGCACGAGCGCGAAGAAACUCACUCCCCUCAUCCUGGUCAAUGUCAUUGGCUUGGUGUUCAACACCCUCUGCCUGCGAGGCGUGGAGGCAUCCUUCUUCCAGAUCGCCCGAGGUCUAGUCUUGCCUCUCACAAUCGCCGUGUCUUCGAUGCACACGCAUACGACCCCGUCCAUGCGCGUGAUCCUCGCCGCGACCAUAGUCACCAUCGGUUUCUUCCUCGGAGUUGCACCCUCGUCCUUCCCAUCCUUCAACGUUGACGCGUCCGAGCCCUCACGCCCAAGCACAAGCGGACUCUCCAUCUUCUACGGCGUCUUGUCCUCCGUCUUCAUCGCCGUGCACUCGGUGCUCAUCAAGAUAUCCCUCCCGCACGCGAACAACUCGACCAUCCAGCUCGCGUACUGGCAGAACCUCGGCUCAGCGCUCUUCCUCGCGCCCGUCAUCCUUCUCCAAGGCGAACUAGGCAAGCUCUCGGAGCUAUCGAGCCUGCCAACCUGGAAUGGCUCCGUUUCCGUCAAGGUGACAAGCCCGAUCACGCAUAUGUUCUCGAGCGCGGCCCGUUCAGUCAUUCAAACCUUGCUCGGCGUCUGGCUCUUCAAUGAUCUGUUAACCACGAAUCGCGCGGCCUCGAUACUCGUUAUCACCCUCGGCACGGUGUGUUAUACUUGGGUCAAGGCCAUCGAGACCGCACCGCGACCGCACGGCGCGACAAGGACCUCGAGGCGAACACAGCCUGAUGAAGGACAGCGACGACGCCCUCGAAGAAGUCGCGAUGGAGAUGCAGACGCAGCCCGAGAAGAAGUCGCCCGGGGUUAG